AUGAACAUAAAAGAAAAAUCUAUUUUUACUCCUACAUUUGACUUAUUUGGGUUAAGGAAUACUAACCCUAACACUAAACAUGUCAUUAAGCAUGAAGAAUUGACUCAAAUUUAUAAAGGUCCCAUUGUAAGAGGUUGUUAUCAUGGCUUAGGAUUAAUAAUAUGGGUACAAGAAAAUGAAAAGCAAAUUUAUGAAGGGUAUUUUUAUGUAAAUCAAAUACAUGGUUAUGGUCGUAUGAUUUAUGGAAAUGGUUUGAUUUUUGAAGGGCUAUUUAAAGAUAACAUGCGUUUUGGACCUGGUGUGUUGACGUAUCCUAAUCAAUUCCAAGAAGUAGGUUUUUGGAUAGGGACUCACAUUUUUCGUUUGAAUUAUAAUUUGACAACACAUUUGGUUCCAUCAUAUAUUUUACCAAAUGUUUCUUCAAAAAUAAAAUUACUUCAAUUCAGACACCUCAUUGAUCUUACCCGACCACCUCAUUCAAUUAUCAAUGUACGUGAUAACAACGAAAAAUAUCUUAAUACUAAUUAUUCGUGUCCUGAAUACAUCAGACAUUUUAGCAGCUUAUUUUUUGAUUCCAUACAAUUUGGUACAGAAUUUACUUUUAAGACCGUAUUAUCCGAGAAUAAUAUGCAGAUAAAGAAAAAUAAUCGAUUCAUAUGUGGCUAUGAUUUAGUCAAUUUGAUACAAAAGAACUAUUUAGUGAAUAAAAAUAACAAAGAAACAUUACAGUCAAAUGAUGAAUUUUUAUCGAACUGUAGCAUGAGCAUUGACGAACAAUAUGAAAUUUUGAAUAAUAACUCGUGGUCUAUGAUUAGUAAUACAAACGACAAUAUUCAAUCCAAACAUUUAAAAUCAAACGAAAAAAAAAAUGAAAACAAUCCUCACGAAAUAAUAAGUAACGAUCAUCAUUUUAUCAAAAUGUUGGCUUAUAAUAACAACACUUUAGACAAAAUGAUAUUGGCACAUGCUUAUCAACAGCAAUUCGGUGAAAAGAUAUUACUGUACGAUAUUGACGAUGUUUGGAGUGGGAGACGAGAUAGGUUCAUGCCUUCACGUAGUCAUGAAUUAGAAGCUGUAAAGUUUUUAACCAAACUAGAUUUAAACCCUGAAAACAUACAACAUAUUAUUCAAAACUAUGAUAUUGAUUUGGAUAUAGCCGAUUCUCGAGGGAAUACUCGUCUUAUGAUUUCUUCUGCCAAUGACCAACAUGAGGUUAUUGAAUGCUUAAUUAAUCUUGGCGCUGACUUAGAAUGCUACAAUGAUGAUGGAUUUACUCCUUUAAACCUAACUAUUAUGCGAUACAUAUGUUUAUUAAAUAAUAUAGAACAUUGGACUGAAUAUUUUAUACCUCAUGUCAAUUUAAAAUUUAAUAUUAUAAAAGAAAAUCAAAAUAUUACAUUAAGUAACAUACAGAAAAUAAAUUUUUUUCAUCCAGAAAACUUAAAAAAUAUGAAGUUUACAGAAAAUGAUAAUGAUGUCGAAGAUGUGAAUUCAACAACAAUUCAAACAGCUACAAAAAAACAAAUAUUAUUAGACACAGCAGAAAACACAAUAUUACUUUUGAUUAAUAUGGGUGCUAAAGCAACAACUUGCGCCGUUCCAAAAAUGUCAAUUCAUUUAGCCUUAUUGACUAUAAAUUCAAACAUUUUAAAAGCUGUGUUCGAAGCUGGAGGAUCUCCAGCUUAUACUAUAUCUAACGAGAACUAUAAAUUAAAUUUAUUACACAUGGCUGUUAUGAUUCCCACAAACCAUAGCGUUGUUCAGUGUAUUAAAGUCUUAAUAACGCAUUGUGUCAAUCCAAAUUUAAAAGCAUUACCUAUGUUUAGUAUUUUUCGAUAUAAAUUACCAUGGAAUAAAAAAGCAAAUGAAAAUUAUGCGUCUAUGACACCUUUGGACAUUUUUUGCUUAAAAGAAAAUAUACACGAAUUAGAUGAAAAAUUUACUGUCGAUGAGAAAUCAGAAAGUGAAAUAGCAUCUAUGCUUUAUGACGUUACGGAUAAAAAUCAUACUUAUUGUGGUUUUGAGCCAAUUGUUUUGGCUAUGUUAACAGGAAAAUUACAUUUAACCAAAACGUUUUUAGAAAAAAAUAGAUUAGUUGUAAACAAAAUCAUUUCUGGUUUUGGUACUCUAUUGUCAUUAUUACUUAAUCCAUUGUAUAACUUCAACUUAUCAAAUACGAAACUAAAUAAGCUGUUGGAUUUAUUGUUAAAAGCAAAUUCAAAUCCAUUAAAGAUUGUUGAGGUUUUUGAUAUUAAAUUCAGAGGCAAUAUUUGUGAAUAUUAUUACAAUUUAUCGGAAUCAGAAAAGCUGAACAAAGAAACACACCCAUUACGCUAUUUAAAUACCACUGAAAUAAAGAAAAAAUUAAGAAAUUCUGGUAGAGAAAUUUUAGAUAUAAUUUAUUCGAAAAGAGCUACUGUUGCACUAAUAAAUGAUUAUAGAAAACAUUUAACUACACAAUUAUUAUCAGUUAAUGAGAAAAUGGCAAUGUUAGUUUGGCUGACUUUGGGUAAUAACAUCUUAACGCAUCGAACGAAAAUUGUGAAUAUGCCGAGUAAUACGUUAUCUAAGUUUAGAACUGUAAAAAAUGAUAAAUUUGAUGUAAAAGAGAAGAUGAAAAAUGAAACAUACACAUUGUGUUUACAACAUUUACAAUCAAUAACUCAAAAUUCAAUUAUUCUUACUAAAGAAGAAAGUCAGGUCUGUUAUGAAUGCUUAAAGCAUCAAUCUAAGGAUAUGGAAGCUUGUUUAAGUUGUUAUUUUGCUUUGCUUUGUUCAGAAAGUUGUAAAAAUCAACAUAAUAAAGAAAAUAAUUGUAAAUUACAAAUGAGCAAGGAACAUAUAAUUAAGAUUCAAAAUGAAUUAAAUAAUAAUAAAAAUGUUAAAAUAUCAAACAUAUCUUCUGCAAAUUUUAUUUCUACUGGAAAAUCUAUAGUGAAUAGUGAACAUUUGGAAAACAACGAAUACAUUUCUCUGUCUUCAGUAUCAUCGUUCUCUUCAAAAUCGUUAUUAUUAAUUACACAUUCGCGGUCAUCAAAUUUUUCAAAAAUAUCGGAAAAUCCAUCUUCAGACGACAUAAGUAAUUACUCCGAACAGUCACAAAAGAAAGUUAAUGACAUAACUCACUCAAAAAAAUACAAAAAAAAACAAUUUAAAGUUGGUUCAAGCUAUUCUAGAAACAGUAAACUCUACGAUUCAGUAUCUUCAGAAAUCAGCUUUAUAAUUAGUAUUAGAAGUAGUAGUAACAAUCUAGAUUACGACAAGAAGAAUUAUAGCCAUUCGGAUAUUGGAGUUAUUAUUGAGGAUGCACAAAGAUACACGGAGGAUGACUCUUACCAGUUUAUUCAGUCUAAUCGGUCUAAGCAAUUUAAACAGUCAGAGAAAUCAAAAAACAAAACUAAUGAAAUGGAUAGUUUGGUAUCUUUACAAAACACCAAUAGCAGGGUCAGAAUAAAAAGUAACGGUCUAGAUUACGACAAGCAAAAUUAUAAUCACACGGAUAGUAUGGUAAAAUUUCAAAAUAAAAAUGAACGAAAUUAUCGAAAAUUGGGACAAAAAAUCGCGAGAAAUCAAGAUAAAAAACUUAUUCUUAACAAUAAAGUAAAUAUACCUAUAUCAUUCAUGAAAUACAAAAUAGUUAGAUCACCGGGCUGUUGGAUACCAAUAUUUAUGUUCAUCAAUCGUGGCUCUUAUGAAGACGCUACUGUACUAAAAAAUGUAUUAAGCUCUGGAAUGUCAUACAUUUUAAUGAUUGAAAAAAACGGUCAAGUUUACAGUAAUAUCAAUGAUAAUCAAUAUGGCAUGUUAAAUAACUAUAGUUUGAUAUAA